CAUACUAAACACUUCCGGAUGUUUAUACUGGCAAUCAGGAACAUAAAUUCGAGAAUGGACGUUUUUAUUAUUAUCCUCCUUUCACAGAUAUUAUAUUCAUAUGCAUAUGACGAUCUAUCAAAGGAUCAGUAUGCAGUACAAUCAACAACUUCAUACUGUGUCCCGCAAUCAAACUGUGUAGCAGGCAAUGCAGUUGACGGAAUCCACAGCACGUGCAUGAGGGCAGGAGUCAUUGGUUCACUUUCCCCGGACAAGACAGUGUGGUGGUCUGUGGAUCUUGGCAAUAUAUACAGCAUAUACAGCGUUAGGAUACUGUUUAAAGACUAUGGAUCUCAAUACGAAAAGAGGCAACAGGGCCGUUUUGCGGGGUUUUCUCUGUAUUUAUCCGAGACUGGUGUACGAGACAGUGACUCCCUUUGCUACGUGGACGAACCAGAGUUGCCUCCCUUGAACUUUACAACAACUUGUGUGGGAUACGGACGUUACCUUACCUUUUUUAACGAACGACAACCCAGAAAACAAUAUCCCACAGGAUACGAGACAUCAGCUGUUUUCACUGAAAUAUGUGAAAUUAUUGUCAAAGGUUGUCACAAAGCGGGUGUUUAUGGAGACAAUUGUAACAUCCCAUGUCCAGAGAACUGCCAAUAUAAGAUCUGUAACAUCGUCAAUGGAACUUGUUUUGGAUGCUUGCCUGGAUGGACAGGAGCCUUAUGUGAAAAUAAUUGUCAACAAGGCUGGUACGGUCAGGAUUGUAAGAACCAGUGUCCAGGUUAUUGCUGGGGAAAGGCUACUUGUAAUCACGUGACUGGUAACUGUGAUAAUGGUUGUGCUGUAGGAUGGAUGAGCAGCAAAUGUGAUAAGCAAUGCAGUGCUGGAACGUAUGGCUCUAACUGCAUCUAUAAUUGUAGUGGACACUGUCAAAAUGACGUCAUAUGUAAUAGAGAAAUUGGACAUUGUGAUAUGGGUUGUAAAUCAGGAUACACUGGACAUCUUUGUAAUGAGCCAGGUGAUCUUGGAUUUUUUGGAACAAAUUGUUCUAGUAUUUGCGCUGAACAUUGCAUUGCUACAUGUCGUCAUACUGACGGAUUUUGUAACUGUUAUCCUGGAUAUCAGGGCCCUAACUGCAACAUCACAUGUGUGGGAUCAUAUGGAAUAAACUGUGUUCAUAAAUGUAGUGAUCACUGUGUCAACAACACCUGUGAUAAAUUCAAUGGGAGUUGUACAAGCAAGUGCUCGGAUUCAUUUCAUGAUGGAAAGUGUGAUCAGGCUUCAGAUCGGACAUCAGACACAGCACAAGAAUGCAAUCUUCCCGCUUCCUGGAUUCUUGGAUUCACCGUAUCUGUAACACUGAAAGUGUUUUUCAUCAUCAUUGGUUUUUUCAAGUUAAGACAAAGAUCAAUACAGAAAGAAUGUAACACUCGCCGUUCUGAUGUUGUACACUAUGCAUCUACUGACUGCAUACAAAAUGAGAGUGAAGACACAUCAACUGACCAUCACAUAUAUCAGGAAUUGAACCUGACCAGAGAUGAGAAUCUGUAUCAAGAAAUACAGUCUCAGUGCGACACAACAAAAGACAAAACAGACGCUUUGUAAAUGCAGAGCAGACGGAGAGCAAACGCAAAAACAAACAUAGUUACCAAAUAUGUAUGGAAUGUUAAAGCGAUGAACAAAAAAGAUGUUGAUACCAUUAAUGAUAAAUAUUUUUAUACAGCAUUAUAUAUUUAUGGAUGAUAUAAACCUUUUGAUCACAAAAAUGUGUUUUAAGGAAAUACGGAAAAUGACAUCAGAAUUCCACCUUUCAUUUUAGUUUAUUAAAUCAUUGAUUACUACAGUUAUAUAAGCAUUUAGUUAACAUAUAAUUUAAUGACAAAACUUUAUUCCACUUCUGAUAAUUUCUGUAGUGUAUAUUUCAAUAUCAA